CUGGCCGGCAUCUUCCUGCUGUGGCAGCCGGCGCUGCUGGUGCGCGACCCCGCCAUCGCGGGCCGCGUGCUCGUCCGGGACUUCGAGUGCUUCCGCGACCGCGGCCACCGCGCCUCCGAGCCCAUGCUGCAGGACCUCUUCUUCCUCAGCGGCGACCGCCGCUGGAGGACCCUCAGGGACAGCCUCGAGCCGGGGUUCGGACCGAAAGGCGCCAGGCACAUGUUCUUCCUGCUGGACGAGAUGGCACAACGUCUUUUGAAGGUGCUGGAGGCUCCAGCAGAGCGGCUCCUGGAGCUGGACGUCUACGACCAAAUGCACCGUUUCGUCAUCGACACGGUGGGGACGUGCGCUUUCGGCGUGGAGUUCGAAUCCAUGCUGAACUACGACUGCUUCUUCGUGAGGAAGACGAGGCGCAUGGCUACCGGCUCGCUCCUCAGAAGGAUCAGAAAGACGCUGGUUCUGGCGGUGCCCGACGCGGCCAGGGCGAUGGGCGUCCGCUUCCUGCGCUCCGGCGACGCCGACGUCUUCCGCUGGCUGACGGCAGAGAUCGUGGCGCACCGCCGCCGCCACAACGUACGGCGCAACGACCUCAUGCAGCUGCUGAUGGCACUCGCAGCCAAGGAGGACGCCGGGGACUCACCACAGUCUGACUUCGGCGGCGACAUGCUGGCGUCGCAGGUGAUGAUGUUGCUGAUGCUGGGCCGCCACAAGGUGGCCACCACGCUCGCCUUCUGCCUGCACCAGCUGGCCGUCCACCACGAGGUGCAGACGCGGGCUCGGCUCCAGGUGGACACCGCGCUGCGCAAGCACGGGAAGGAGCUGAGCCUGGAGGCGCUCGCAGACAUGCCCUACCUCGACAUGGUGCUCUCAGAGACGCUGCGGCUGCACCCGCCCAUGUCCAACCUGUCGCGCAGCUGCACGGCGGCCUACACCUUCCCCGGCACGACGCGGCUGGGGGACGGCGCGCUGCACCUGCGGCCGGGGGAGGCGCCGCUGCACAUCCCCAUCUGCGCCCUCCACCGCGACCCCGGCUACUUCCCGCAGCCCGAGCGCUUCGACCCCGAGCGCUUCGGCCCGGACCAGCUGGCGUGCCACACGCCCUUCUCCUACCUGCCGUUCGGCGCAGGGCAGCGCUCGUGCCUCGGAGAGCGACUGGCCCUGCUGCUGAUGAAGACGACCCUGGCGAGGCUGCUAUCCCGCUACGAGCUGUUCCAAAGUCCGAGAACAGAGUACCCCGCGCCCAUAGACCCGCGUCUGUUGUUGCUGCAUCCCAAAGGUGGACUCUGGGUCAGGAUCUCCAACAGGCACUGGCUACCAUGUGUGGGAACCAACAUGCAGCUCCUGCUUGUACCCCUCAUUGUGGAGCUGAUGUCCCAGCUGCAGGACCAACUACUCAGCACCCUCAGACUGAUGUCUGCUGGUGCUGCACCACAGAGGUGGCCUGCAGAUCAGAACCUCCAACUGGCUGACCUGAGGCUACGUGGGCCAGAAGCUUACCUGGUGUUCCCACUCAUAGAAAGAGAAUUGAAAGAAAAGAAGCCAAGCCACACGAGUGAGAAAGAGAAUCCACCAUGUCACAGGUGUCCGCUGAGCAUGCCGGCCGCGUGCUGGCCACUGUGUGACGUCAGCUGGGGGACGGCCGCGCUGCUGGCCCUGGCCCUCUCGCUGCUGGUGGCCGACGCGCACGUGGUCCGCGGCUACUGGCGCCGGAUGGGCGUGGCGCAGGCCACCUCCCGGCUCUUCCUGGGCCACGCCAAGGACCUGCUGCUGGGCACCACGCACCUCUGCGGCGUCAUGGACGAGGUGUACCGCCAGCUGGAAGGGCAGCCGUACGGGGGCUUCUACAUGGUGGGCAGGCCGUGCCUCAUGCUGCGAGACCCCGACCUCGUCUGGAGAGUGAAGCACGACUCCAGCCACUACUCCCUCAGGGGCGCCCGUAUAAAAGGCAAUGCUAUGGAUCCCAUUUGGAGGAACCUGUUGGAUGUUGAUGACCGCCAUUGGCGCGAGGUCAUGGGACAUCUAACGAAGGCCUUCGUAACGGAGAAGACGCGGAAGGUGUCCUUCCUACUGGAAGAGUGCGGCCUACGCAUGCAGAACGCGCUGUCGCAGCGGAUAGAAGAUGUCGGCUGGAGAGACUUCGACCUCAUGUGCGUCUGCUCGCGGUUCGCCACCGAUGCCAUCGGCUGCUGCGCCUUCGGCAUCGAAUGCGGCGCCAUCGAUGACCCGCGCUCAACGUUCCUCCAGUUGUCACACGAGGCUGUGUUUAUCAACCGGUGGCAAAAUUUCGCAGACAUCAUGUCGCUAUGGCAGCCGCACAUAGUCAGCGUUCUGCGCCCAGACAUUUUGUCUCGUGAUACGUACGAGUUCUUCAGGGAUGUCGCUUUGGACAUUCUUCGCUACAGGCGAGACAACAAACUGUGCCGAGACGAUAUGAUGAAUGAGCUGCUGAAAGUGAGGCUAAAUGGUCUCAAGUCUGUUCAAAAUAGCAACACAGAGUUCUCGGACGACUCCCUGGUGGCGUACGUGUUCGCGACGUUCGGCUUCGCGCUGGAGAUGCUGGCCAGCACGCUGAGCUUCUGCCUGUACGAGCUGUCGCUGGACACAGAGGUGCAGACGCGCGCCCGCCGGCAGGUGGACGCGGCGCUGAGAGCCCGCGGCGGCAGGCUCAGCUUCGAGGCCGUCCAGGAGAUGACCUACCUCGACAUGGUGCUGACCGAGACGCUGCGGCUGUACCCGGUGGUGGCCGGCGCGUACCUGGAGGAGUGCACUCAGACGCACCGCCUCAGCGGCCCUGGAGGCUCCAGCGUCGUGGUGGAAGCGGGCACCCACGUCGUUGCGCCGCUCUUCUCGCUCCAGAGGGACCCGCGACACUUCCCAGAGCCUCUGCGGUUCAUUCCGGAGCGCUGGAGCCCGGAGAACAGCGCGGGCCGACACCCGGGCGUCUACAUGCCCUACGGAGCGGGCCAGCGUCGCUGCGUGGCUGAAAUCUUCUCGAAGACGACGAUGAAGUUCGGGCUGGCGUCGCUGCUCGCCCAGUUCGAGCUGAGCCGGUGUUCUCGGACCCCGGAGCGCCCGGCGAGAGCUCACCCGCUGGCGCGGCUGCUGGUUCCAGCCGAACCGCUGCACGUGCGAGUGUCGCGCCGCUCCUGGUUCACCUACGACGAGUGA